AUGCUUGUGUUGAAGAGCGUGACUGUGGAACCUAUUAUGCUGCUUGAUGGUCUUGCUUUCUCUAACAUGCACGUAUACAUAGAGAACCUACAGAUGGAUCGAGUGUGUCGAGUGAGCAGCGGUUUUUCUCAACAAGUGUGCGACAAUCUGAAGUCAGAACCAGCAGCCAGUGUAGAGGUACAGCAAAGGUACAGUGUGUUUGCUCUCUAUAACAGUAUCAUCGCAGCAGCACUACCACUCUUCUUUAUUCUCUUCAUGGGCGCCUGGAGUGAUAAGUAUGGCAGGAAGGUGCCUCUGAUAGCAGUACAACUGGGUCACGCACUCCACGCUGCCGGCUACUUGUUGGCCACUUUGGCACCUUCUUGGCCUGCCGAAGUGUUACUUGUCGUCACGUUACUGGACACACUUGGUGGCGGUACUGUAUCAUUCUUGACGGCGGCCAACUCGUACAUUGGUGACGUGUCGUCAGAAGAGUCGCGUACAUCAAGAGUUGGACUGGCAAACAGCAUUUGGUUCCUAGGAGGUCCGGUGGGCACACUGAUGGGUACUUAUAUCUACAGUUGGGGCGGCUACCUGCCGCUCUUCGCUACUUCCCUCACGCUCUCCUUAAUGGCCUUGGUGUAUGUGGUGGUGUGCCUUCCUGAGAGCCAUGGACCUUUCGUCAGGAAAUCCAACCCUGAUGAUCCAGAACACAGUUCACGAAUGGAGCUGCGAGAGAAUGUAGCGGCAGUGUACGGAUCGGAGUUGAAUGCUACACCCUCCAACACCCUCCAACACACUCGUCCAACUCUCUCUACCAUGGUCAAGGACUUCUUUAACCCUCACCGUAUUCUUGAAAGCUUCAAGUCAACUCUGAGGAAACGCGAGGGAAACACAAGAUCUCUCAUUCUCAUUCUCAUCUUCACCAGCCUCCUCAGAAGAGUUACUCGAUCUCCCUAUGUCUUCGCGUUUACCCGCCACGUACUAGGCUGGCAGGCCACUGACUACAGUCACUGGGUCACUUACAAGAACUUCUUGGCGACCACGGGCUCGCUGGUGGCGGUGCCGUUGCUGAGCGCUCAUCUAGGUAUAUCGGACAAUCUGCUGGCCAUGUUAGGCACUAUGUCUGGCAUCACUGAAUAUGUCGUCUACGGCUGCAUCUUGGACACUCGACCAUAUUUGAUCUGGAUAGCCCCAGUUGCGUCUGUGUUGCUUAACUCCUGCACCAUCGCCCAGCGCUCCAUGAUGACCAAAUUCGUCGCCAAGGACGAAAUUUGUAAGGUGUCAGCGGUGCUGGGUGCUCUUGACGGCUUCAUGCCUUUGGUAAUCUCUGCUCUCUACACAGCCGUCUACCACGCCUCCGUCAGCACCUUCCCUGCAGCACACUUCUUCUUGGGUGCUUCUGCCAGCGCUCUCAUGAUUGUCUUUUUUGGAAUCAUCAUGGCCGUGAGUAAGUCUGGACAUCAUGAUGUAGAGGGUGCCAAGCCUAGCGUGGCUGCUGGUCCAGUCACCCUUACCUCCCUUGUCUCCAGGACCAUCUCUGUCUGA